UGCAAUAGCCAUUUCGAUACCAUAAUGAACCCACAGCUCCAGACAGCAAAGUAGCCCAAAGAUGGUCACUUUUAUUACUUCCUUAAACAGCACAACGAUUUUCAGCUGUGCUAACAUAAUAGCAUAAGGGUUUUCUAAUAUGUAUGUUAUGUGAACCGAAAAAAAGUGAUUUUCUUUAAACAAACAAGGAUAUUUCUCAUCAGAUUAUAAAUGGUUGUGCGUAUGUGUAUAUUUUUUUUCAUAGAUCAAUAUUAACCUAGACGCUUUCCUUGCAAAAUGUUGUGCUGGGUAUCCAAAACAAACAAUUGUUGUUAAAAUCAGGAUAGAGAAGUGCUACUCUCUUGUGGCAUUUCACUUGCGUGAAUACUUGUGUGUUUCUUCCGAAAUGAUGUUUCAGCAGACAGAACCCCACCCCAGACUAAAGAUCACUUUUUUCAGUUCAAAUGUGCGUGUGCUGAGCUCAAAGGAUCUGUACUUAAAAACCGAGAAUCCAUCCGAUUUAAGUGCAUGUAAAUAAAUAUGUCUCAGUAGGAACAGGUUAACAGGACAGUGACAGCCGUGACACAUUUUGGUUAGAAUUGCACCAAAAGCUUGACAAGGAAGCGCGGAGAGGAAGUGGUACACCUACAUAUAUUUUUUACUCUUGUCAUCAGAGUCCUCAGAUGCACUGAUGUUUCACACAAGAUAGCAGCAUAAAGCAAAAAACCAGCGAAGAUUACGCACUGCCCGAUACAUGUAUCUGCGGUCCAUCAGCAUGUCGCACUGGAGUGAGGGGUGCAGCGGCGCCGUCCUGCUGGGGCUCCUGGGCUUCUGCUGGGGGAGUCUCUCUCCACGCACGUCUUUCUUCAUUGGUGACUCUGACAGAGCCCUCACCCAUUUCAACAGGCCAGACGCUCGGAAUACCACCACCCUGCUGCUUAGUGAGGAUGGGGACACGCUUUUCGUGGGGGCACGUGAUGCUUUGUUUGCUCUGAAUGUCAGCAAGCCCAGUGUCAUGGAGAUGAUACGAAAGCUAGAUUGGGAGUCAACUAAUGAACCAAACUUUUGUCAAUACGUGGAUAAAAAGGGGGAAUGCCACAACUUUAUCCGGGUCCUUCAGCUCAUCAACGCGACUCACAUGUACGCCUGCGGAACAUUUGCCUUCAGCCCCCGCUGCAUAUACAUAAAUCUACAGGCAUUCAGCUUUGAUUCAACAGCAGAGAGCGGUAGAGGUCAAUGUCCCAUGAGUCCGUAUUCGAGAAACACGGCCGUUGUUGUAGAUGGCGAGCUGUACGUAGGCACCCCCGAGGAUCUCUGGGAGAAUCAACCGGGCAUCUCACGCUACUUGAGCCAGGAGGGUCGCAGAAACCUAAAACUGGUUGAAAAUCGGCUGAAAAAAUCGACCUUCAUAAGCUCCACCUUUGUGCCCAGUGAGAACAAGGUCUACUAUUUCUUGAAUGAUGUCAGCACAGACCUUGAUAAAUACAUCGCCCCCCACAUUGCACAGGUUUGCACGAGCGAUGUCGGUGGGCAGCGUAUCCUGUGGAAGCAGUGGACCACCUUCGCCAAAGCCGGCCUCGUGUGCCAGUCAGCCGGCAGUCUGCCGUUCAAUGUCAUGCAGGACGUCGUCGCCCUUCCGCCGCUUCAGGACUUUAACCCGGAUGAAAUGCUUUUCUAUGGACUUUUCAGCUCUCAGUGGUCAGUGAACUCAAAGCACUCCGCAGUGUGUGUAUUUCGACUUGGAGACAUCAAGAGUGUAUUUUCAGGAAAAUACAGGUCACUUAACGGGAAAAUACGGAGCAGCGUCACUCCAGGAACGUGUGGAAUACCUUCUGAUUCUGAUGCCGACCUUAAUUUUGUGAAGGAGAACUUUAUCACUAUGGCUAGUGUGAAUUCUGCGGAAAAGGGCUUCAUUCUGAUGCCAGAUCACAAUUAUAGCAAUCUGGUUGCUCUGAGGACUAAGGCAGCCAAUGGCAGGAACUACCCUGUGUUCUUCAUGCUUACUGAAUCCGGCUUCCUUCACAAGGUGGUUUUAUUGGGAAAAGGCCCCCAUAUCAUAGAAGAAACUCAAGUCUUCAUGCAACCACAAUCUGUCAAGAAAGUCCUCCUCUCCGUCACCAAGGAUGUGGUGUUUGUGGGCACCUCUGAGGGGGUGUUUCAGGUGCCCGUCUCCAACUGCUCCUUCCACUGGAACUGCGGGGAGUGUGUGCUGGCCCAAGACCCCUUCUGCGGAUGGGACCCCGUCCAAGGUGUCUGUUCCAGGGUGUCGGGAAACCCUGCUGGAAUACGCCAGGAUGUGGAAAGCGGAAAUGCAAUGGAAGCAUGUGACCUUUCUAACGGAAGUAGUGAAGUAGUGAAGUAUCCAUCACCAGAGCUACUGCCUGUCCUUCUGGAUAAAAUGGUGCAUCUCCGAUGUCCCAAGGCCUCCAAUUUUGCCUCGCUACGCUGGGAACACUCCGACGGACGGCAGCUCGACCGGGACACCUACCUACAGCAGGCUCGGGGCAGCCUGCAGUUCCCAGCCUUGCCGGACACACUGGGACAAUACCUUUGCAUUUCGCUGGAGAGUGGCUACGAACAGACCCUGUACAGUGUGAUUGUGAUGCAGGAUGGCCCUCAGAUUGGAAGCAGGAACUUUAGGGGUGUGCUGGUGCUCUCUGUUUUGCUUGCAGUAUCACUCUGCUUGAUAGCUCUGGGGGGGUUCUGCCUGCUCAAGCAAAGACACUAUCUGCAUGCACAAGCGAAGACAUUGUCGGACAGGUGUGAAGCCAGAGAACAGUGUGAGCAGCAGUCCUUUCCGAUGUGAUGUACACAGAUGCACAUAUACAUAUUCUCCUUUUUAAUCACAGUUUUUUUUAACCUUUAUGUCAUAAUUAUAUUUUUUGUUCUGUAGUUAUGAAUUUUGGUUCUGCCUUUAUUAUAUCUGGGUUUGACUUGAA